AUGAAAAUAGAGUUUAUCGGAAUAGCGGAGAGAAGUGUGGAAACCGCAAAGGAUUGGAUUUAUAUCAACUAUCGAAAAAUAAAGAAAUCAAUAAUUCCCGGAUAUUUCAAUUUUCUCAAUAAAGUGGUCGGUGUGAAAGUGGAAGAAAUCAUUACAAAUAACUUAUGGCAUCCUGAAGAAAAGUUCGCUCGAAACCUCCAUAAGAGUAUCCAUUUGGACUUAAUUGGCGGGAAUCGAGGAAGUGUCCGCAGAUUGAUUGGACUGGAAGAUGUGUGUGAAGGAUGUGUGAAAUGUGCGAAUAUGGCAAAACGAUGUGUGGAGUAUGGACCGUUGAGAUUUCGAGUGUUGAAAAGGAUUAAGAAUCCGAUGCAUUACAGAAAACUGCAUAUUUCUGAUAAACUAAUUGAAUGUAUUGCCGACUACUGUACACUGAAAUCGACAACAAAAAAGAAGUGUUUCAAACGUUUGAAUAACAUCAUAAGACGCUCUAUUUCAUGUGACACAUUGGUUCUGUGGAUAAGUGAAACAAGAGAAUACUAUAUCAAUGGGGUUCUGAAAAGUGCUCAUUUCCCAAUGCCACGAGAAGUAUUGGAUGUCAUGAUUAGGAAAUGGAAUGUCAAAUCUGUGAAACUGAAUAUGAUAUAUCUCAAAAUCCACCAUGUUUCCGUCAGAGUAUUAGAAUCAUACGAUUGUGCUCGUGGACUAAUGCAGCGUAACCCGGAAACGGAGGAAGAGAAGAUUUAUGAGAACUACAUUGCAAAUCUCCGAAGACUAUUUCAAAUGGACAAAAUAUCGAUUGAUUUCGGUCACUGGAGACAUAAAUACAGUGCUAGUUUGGAAGAAUUCAUGAAGAAUAUAUUGAGAGUGAUUCAAUUGGAGAAACAACGGAAACUCGAAGUGAAUAUUCAAUUUUUCACCGAGAUUUGCAGUUUUAAAGUGGGAAAUUCUGAAGAAUUGGCUGAAAUUCCAUCAGAAUACUCGUUGCUCAGUGAUCGAGUGGAAUGUAUCCGAAUGUUUGUCCCAUUUGAAAUUGUCGAAAGUGGUCCAGAGAGAUUGAAUAUGAUUAAAUGGGUUGGGAGACGAUUUCAGGUCAAGGAUAUGGAUAAUCAUUUCACACUAAACUUGAAUAUUUAUGUGAAGGAAAUAGAGUUGAGGGAGUUGGAUAACGGAUUGAUGGACACACAUCCGAAUAGUUUGAUUGGAGUGUUCUUGCAACUGGUAACAUAA